UGAAAGCAAGCGAGGAAAGUCUAACGGACGAUCGCCUUAGGUUCGCGACGCCGUCCCUCUUCUUCCUGCUUCUCCUCCAUCCUGUGCCCAUAGACUAGAAACCAUUUGUGGGGUACGGAUCGUGAGCCUAUCGCGGCGAUCCGAGGGGCACGAAGCAGAGGACCGACAACAGGAGGAGUAGGGGGAAUCGAAAAUGAGCGAGGCGGAAGAGGCUGUCCGGCGGCGGAACGCCUUGAGCGAGUACCGCAAGCAGUUGCUCAACUGCAAGGAGAUCGAGUCCCGCACUCGCGCAGUGAAGGAUAAGUUGAAGGCUGCCAGAAAAGAGUUCACGAAGACGGAGGAUGAUUUGAAGUCCCUUCAGAGUGUGGGUCAAAUUAUUGGGGAGGUCCUUCGGCCACUUGAUAACGAGCGCUUUAUAGUGAAAGCUAGUAGUGGCCCGAGAUAUGUUGUCGGUUGCCGAAGUAAGGUGGACAAAGAGAAUUUGAUAGCUGGAACGCGUGUUGUUCUUGACAUGACUACCCUUACCAUCAUGCGCAUUCUUCCACGUGAGGUUGAUCCAGUUGUGUAUAACAUGCUUCAUGAAGAUCCUGGCAAUGUCAGCUAUUCUGCUGUAGGUGGAUUGUCUGAUCAGAUUAGGGAACUAAGGGAAUCCAUUGAGCUCCCUCUCAUGAAUCCAGAGCUUUUUCUCAGAGUUGGGAUUAAACCUCCAAAGGGUGUUCUUCUUUAUGGACCUCCUGGAACUGGGAAAACUUUGUUGGCUAGGGCAAUUGCCAGUAAUAUCGAUGCCAACUUUUUGAAGGUUGUAUCAAGUGCUAUUAUUGACAAAUAUAUUGGUGAAAGUGCUCGUUUGAUCAGGGAAAUGUUUAAUUAUGCUCGUGACCACCAACCAUGCAUCAUUUUCAUGGAUGAGAUUGAUGCCAUAGGUGGGCGUCGUUUUAGUGAGGGAACCAGCGCAGAUCGUGAAAUACAACGGACAUUAAUGGAACUUCUGAAUCAGCUGGAUGGAUUUGAUCAGCUUGGAAAGGUUAAAAUGAUCAUGGCGACAAAUCGUCCUGACGUUCUGGAUCCAGCACUUCUUCGUCCUGGCCGGUUAGACAGGAAGAUAGAGAUACCAUUACCAAAUGAACAAGCAAGGAUGGAGGUUCUGAAAAUUCAUGCUGCUGGUAUAGCCAAACACGGUGAGAUAGACUAUGAAGCAGUUGUAAAACUUGCAGAAGGUUUCAAUGGUGCUGAUCUGCGGAAUGUCUGCACUGAAGCUGGAAUGGCGGCUAUUCGUGCAGAACGUGACUAUGUCAUUCACGAGGACUUCAUGAAGGCUGUUAGAAAACUGAAUGAAGCAAAGAAACUGGAGUCAAGUGCCCAUUACAGUGCCGACUUUGGAAAAGAUUAGAAGGGGCAGUGCCGACUUUGCAAAUCCACGUUUCCUACUGUUUGGAAUCAAAUCGAUUGGUGCCAAAUCAUGCAGUUGAACAGAGACGUCAGGCAUGGUUUCUACUGACCAUCCUUGUAUUUUGGAUCGUCCAGGGUAUCUGUCUCUUUCUCCCAGCGUACGCUUUGUGUGCAAUAUUAACUCAAACUUGCUACCGUGCCUCGAUCAAUUGAUUAGAUUUUGAUGUGAACCA